CUAGCAAUGCGCUUGAGAAGAUUGCACAGCACCUGUUCGCGUUUACUACUGAAUGAACCGGCGAGCCAUCCCAAAGCAGAAUUAACACGCACAAAAUUAACCGGCGGUAAACCACCGGCGAAGUCAGCAAAAGCCAGUAGCUCAGAUAUAGUGCAAUGGAACAGGUCUAUCACCCAAUACAUGCGACAAGGGGAAUGCGAUUCCGCAUUGAACUUAUUCAACUCUAUGCCUGCAAAGUCCUGUGUAUCCUGGAACGCAAUGCUUUCGGGGUAUUUGUUGAAUGGCAAAUUGGACCUCGCUCAGAAGCUGUUCGACGAAAUGCCUCAAAGAGAUUUAGUAUCCUGGAACAUCAUGCUUAGUGGGUAUAUCAAGAAUAAGAAUUUUGGUGCAGCUAGGAUUUUGUUUGAUCAAAUGCCUGUUAAAGAUGUAGUGUCGUGGAAUGCAUUGCUUUCCGGGUAUGCGCAGAAUGGGUACGUUGAUGAUGCUAGAAGGAUCUUUAUCAUGAUGCCUGUGAAGAAUGAGAUCUCUUGGAAUGGACUUCUCGCUACGUAUGUUCAGAAUGGAAGGAUUGAGGAGGCGCGAAAGUUGUUUGAGUCAAAGGAUAAUUGGCCGUUGGUUUCUUGGAAUUGCUUGUUGGGUGGGUAUUUGAGAAAGAAGAUGCUGGCUGAGGCAAAGGUGCUUUUCGAUAAAAUGCCUGUCAAGGAUCAGGUGUCAUGGAACACGAUAAUUUCUUGUUAUGCCCAGAAUGAUGAUUUGGAGGAAGCCAGGAGGUUAUUCGAUGAGUCCCCUAUUAAGGAUGUUUUUACCUGGACUUCAUUGCUUUCUGGUUAUGUACAGAAUAGGAUGGUAGAUGAGGCUAGGAGGAUCUUCGAUGAGAUGCCAGAGCAGAAUGAGGUUUCAUGGAAUGCAAUGAUUGCAGGAUAUGUGCAGUCCAAAAGGAUGGACUUGGCGAGGGAAUUCUUUGAGGCAAUGCCUUGUAAAAACAUCGGCUCUUGGAAUACAAUGAUAACAGGUUAUGCUCAAAUUGGGGAUAUAACUCAUGCCAGAAGUUUGUUUGAUUGUAUGCCUAACCGUGAUUGCAUCUCUUGGGCAGCAAUUAUUGCUGGGUAUGCUCAAAGUGGCAACAGUGAGGAGGCAUUACGCAUGUUUGUUCAAAUGAAGAGAGAUGGUGGGAGGAUAAAUAGGUCGGCAUUUACUUGUGUUUUGAGUACAUCUGCUGACAUUGCUGCAUUUGAGUUUGGAAAGCAAAUACAUGGUCGACUUGUCAAGGCUGGAUAUCACACUGGGUGUUAUGUCGGAAAUGCACUCCUAUCAAUGUACUGUAAGUGUGGAAGUAUUGACGAGGCAUACGAUGUGUUCGAGGAGAUAGCGGAGAAGGAUGCUGUCUCUUGGAACACAAUGAUCAUCGGUUAUGCAAGGCAUGGAUUUGGCAAACAAGCUCUUAGACAAUUCGAAUUAAUGAAAGAAGCGGGUAUCAUACCUGAUGAUGUUACCAUGGUUGGUGUAUUAUCUGCUUGUGGCCAUACCGGCUUGAUUGACAAAGGCAUGGAACACUUUUACUCAAUGGCUCGAGAUUAUGGAAUAGUUACAAAUCCCAGGCAUUAUACUUGCAUGAUUGACCUUCUGGGUCGAGCUGGGCGACUGGAUGAUGCUCAAAAUCUAAUGAAGGACAUGCCUUGUGAACCAGAUGCUGCAACCUGGGGUGCCCUCCUGGGGGCAAGUAGGAUUCACGGAAACACUGAAUUAGGAGAAAAGGCUGCUGAAAUGAUUUUCAGAUUAGAGCCUUGGAAUGCCGGGAUGUAUGUCCUCCUCUCAAAUUUAUAUGCAGCCUCUGGCAGAUGGCGUGACGUUAGCAAGAUGAGAUUAAAAAUGAAGGACACAGGAGUAAGGAAAAUGCCUGGUUACAGCUGGGUUGAGGUGCAAAAUCAGAUACAUCUUUUUUCAGUUGGGGAUACCAUGCAUCCAGACAGCACGAGAAUAUAUGCUUUCUUGGAAGAGUUAGAAUUAUUAAUGAAGCAGGAAGGUUAUGUCUCUGCCACAAAAUUGGUCCUGCAUGAUGUGGAUGAGGAGGAGAAGGCACACAUGCUCAAGUAUCACAGCGAAAAAUUAGCGGUUGCCUUCGCAAUUCUAAAUGUACCAUCUGGGAGACCAAUUCGUGUGAUGAAAAAUUUAAGGGUUUGUGGAGAUUGUCAUACAGCAAUCAAACUCAUAUCGAAGAUUGUGGGUAGAUUAAUUAUUGUUCGGGAUAGUAACCGUUUUCAUCACUUCAGUGAAGGUGUUUGUACCUGUGGAGACUAUUGGUAGUACUAGAGAGUAGAGUUUGAAAGUAUACUUAGCUAUUGUGCUCGUGAUCUCCAUAAGUGUUGAGGAUUUACUGACUGUAGUUAUUGCACACAUGGAAGCAAAGCACAGAAGAGGGAUAAGUGGAUAAUCCCUUUCUUGUUGUUUGGUGAAUUUGGCGCGUAUAAUCUGUGAUCUCGUCAUUGAUCUUGGUAAAAGGAGAUAAAUCACCCAUUAUUGAUCUUGAUAUGGUGAAGAGUACAUGUAUUGGAUGGCUAGACAAUCACCAAACUCACUUGUAGUUGGUACUGGUAUCCUUCUGAGUUUUGAGAGCAAAAGGAAGAAAGGAGUUAUACUUCGAUUGUUUAAACGGAAUGGUGGAAAGCCUUCUUGCCUGAAGGUAAAAAAUACUUUUUCAUGAGAACUGCGAAGGAGAGAAUCAUUUUGUACAAUAACUCUCUUGGUUGAGAAUGUUUAAAAUGCAAAGACGAUGACAACAACAAUACCUAGUAAUAACCCAUCAAAAUGGGGUUUUGGGA